GUCAGUGUGGAGGAACAGGAGCAGGCAGCAACGGAGUUCAGCGGCUCCCGCGUUCGUCCGACACUUAGCUAGGGCUGCUCCCCAAGCAGUGGUGGUGGUGAUGAUGGCGGCGGCUGUAGAGAGAGGAGGCGUCCGUGCCGCUUUCCUGAACCCGAGUAGCGGUGGCGGUGGUGGACCAGCGCCGACAAGCCUCCCGACCGGAGCGUUAGCCGGGGCUGUGGUCCUGGGCUCGGGCUCCGGCAGCAUGCCUGUACCCAUGAACCUCUUUGCGACCUGGGAGAUAGACCGAUCAUCCCCAAGCUGCGUUCCGAGGCUCUGCAGCCUCACACUGAAAAAGCUGGUUGUCCUCAAAGAACUGGAUAAAGAGCUGAACUCCCUGUCUAUAGCUGUCAAAAUACAGGGUUCGAAGCGUCUUCUAAGAUCAAAUGAGUACGUCCUCCCACCCAGUGGACUGAUGGAGACAGAUCUGGAGCUCACAUUUUCACUGCAGUACCCCCACUUUCUGAAGCGGGAUGCCAACAGGCUGCAGAUUAUGCUGCAGAGGAGGAAACGUUACAAGAACCGAACCAUCCUGGGCUACAAAACUUUGGCUGUGGGAGUUAUCAAUAUGGCAGAGGUGAUGCAACACCCAACAGACGGAGGACAGAUUCUUGGUCUCCAUAGCAACGUAAAGGAGGCGCCAGUGCGUGUGGCGGAGAUCAGCGUGUACUCUCUUUCUAGCCAGCCCAUCGACCACGAGGAUGGUAGCGGCCAGGCUGGCCGCAAGACCAAAACCUCAGACCGCUCCCCAGAUAUGGAUAACUAUUCUGAAGACGAUGAUGACAGCUACUCGUCAGAGCAAGAAGCCAGUGAUGACGCAGUACACGGCCAGGAUCUUUAUGAUGAAGACGACGAAGUCAGGAAGCCCAAGAAAGCCCGCAGGAAAAUGAUCCGAACCACCUCCAUGACUAGGCAACCUAACUUCAAGCAGAAGUUUGUGGCCUUGCUGAAGAGGUUCAAGGUGACUGAUGAGGUCCUGGACUCUGACCCAGUAGACCAGACACAGGAGGUUGAGGAGGAUCUGGACUUACUCUACGACAGUCUAGAGGUGUAUAACCAGAGUGACAGUGGGCCAGAGAUGGAGGACAACGAGAGUGUCCUGAGUACUCCUAAGCCCAAACUCAAGCCAUUUUUUGAAGGAAUGUCUCACUCCAGCUCGCAGACAGAAAUUGGAAGCAUACACAGCCAAAAAAGUCAGCAGAGAGAGCUGUCAUGUCCUAGUGGAGACUUUCUCACUGUGGACAGAUGUAAAGUACAAGGGGGCCGUUAUCAAGAUGACAGCAUCACAGACACAACCAUUGGGGAGCCAGAGACUGACGACAGUGGGCCGGGGCCUGGGGAAGUGAGCAGCUGGGAUGUUAACACUGAACGGGUGCCCAGCUCUGUUGGCAAGCUCUGCAAGACUGAGUCCCAAAACCACAUGUCUCCCAGUAAAGUGGAGAACAAGCUGCAGAGACGACCUCGCAGCACCUCCAUGAAAGACAGGCAGAACUCCAAGGCCCAAAGCGACAGGACCAGCAGCAUGGAAUCCGAGUGCUCCCCAGACUCAAGACUCAUAGCGCAGGUUCCGAGGAAGUCUGUGUACGACCAGCUAAACCAGAUUCUCAUCUCUGACGAACGAUUACCAGAGAGCAUCAUUCUCAUCAACACCACAGAGUGGCAAGGACAGUAUGUAGCCGAGUUGCUCCAUGAACAGGGCCAGCCCAUUGUGUCCACCUGCUCUGCUGCAGAUGUUCAGGCUGCCUUCAACACCAUCGUUACUCGCAUCCAGAGAUUCUGUAAUUGCAAUGCACAGACGCCACCGACAAUGAAGGUGGCGGUGGCAGGCGACCAGAGUUACCUCAGCACCAUCCUGAGGUUUUUUGUGGAGCAGUUGGCCAAUAAGACACCUGACUGGCUGAGUUACAUACGCUUUUUGGUGAUCCCCAUUGGUUCUCAUCCCCUGGCAAAGCACGUGGCUUCCUUUGACAGCCGGUUCAACGGCAUCUUUAUGGACACUGCGUGGAGGGAGCUGUUCUGCAGGACAGAACGGCCCGCCUCAGAUAACAUAGAUGUAGCGGGACGAAUCAUUCAGUAUCUGGCCGGUGCCAACGUGUCCCACCAGUUCCCCAUCUCAGAAGCCAUGCUCACCUACAAACAGAAGAGGAAAAGAAGUUUGUAUUUUGAUUUUUACAUCAGCCCUGAUGAGGACUCCUGUCAGAAAUUUGUACCAUUUAUUGGGGUGGUGAAAGUUGGGAUUGUGGAACAAAGCCUCUCAACUUCAGUGGAUUCAGAUGAUGCCAUGGGAGGCAACACGAGCAUCCUGUCCUCCACAACGCCUCCAUCGGCUGGUCCGUAUGGCAAGGAGAUUGGGAGCACGCCCCCACAGUCCCCCUCUGUGUCCACCACCCUGUCUGGAGCUGGCUCUCCAUGUUCGGGCAGUGAGGUGAUGGGGCUCCAGGUGGACUACUGGACAUGGCAAGGCCCAGAGAAGAAGAAAGAGGGAGAGAAGAGAGACGUAGGACUGAAGAACACCCUGAAGAGUAACUUCCGUUCACUACAAGUCAGCCGCCUCCCCUGCGGCGGGGAACUCACCCCUCCACCCAGCAUGGCCAUGACUGUUGUUACUAAAGAGAAGAACAAAAAAGUGAUUUUUCUCAGCAAGAAGCCCAAGGAAAAAGAGCUGGACUCUAAGAGCCAAGUGAUUGAUGGUAUCAGCAGGUUGAUCUGCACUGCCAAGCACCAGCACACCAUGCUGAGAGUAACUAUCGAUGGAGUGGAGUGGAAUGAUGUCAAGUUUUUCCAGCUCGCUGCCCAGUGGCCAACACAUGUCAAGCACUUCCCGGUGGGAAUCUUCGGUUACACAAAGCCUGUGUGACCCCGGCCACCAUCCAGUCAGUCGCCAGGCUCUCCCCGCUGUACUUGUCUCACCAAGAGGCUGCAGAAAAUUAGAGGAAAAGCCGACAUCCUUCCCACCCCCGGCAGUAAUAGUUUUCCUGUGGAAAUCUUACUGACUCACAAACUCACGUGUUCAAGACACCGAUUUCAUGUUGUCUAUUUGAUGUUUUUGAUGUUGUUGGGUGGUGUUGUUUUUUUGGUUUUGUUUUUUGUUUUGUUUUGGUUUUUUUUGGGGGGGGGGUGUUUUUUGUUUUUUACACACUACAAACAGAACAAGUACUAUUUUGUAUGAUUUGUGCUACCGCCUCGGAGGUAUUUUGAGGUUUUUUGACAAUUUGCCACAUUUCGAUAAUGGCAGCUGUGUUUGCACUUUGUUUUUGUUAACAUUUUAUCAUUUCUGUGAAAUCCUACAUUUAUUGUUACUCUAUAGACAAUGGAGGCGUGUGAUGGUGAUGUGCAGUGGCGUGUGUGAGAUUGUUGGAGACCGUGUUUGUGUUUCAUUGUUGAAAGUUGGAAUAUUGCUGUGAAUCUAGAUGGAAUCCUUUUAACUUACUGCUCAGCUUUCUUACUCGUCCCUUUACUUUCUAAAAAGGUAAACUUUUCUAGGAACAGGAACAGUGUUCUUUUUGCCUCGGUGCUUUGAAGCACACUGUGUACCUAAAGCUAGUCAAAAAAAAAUGUUUAAAAAUCCAAGUCAAGCAAGGUAUUUGAAGGUAGCUAUAAUGAAUGUAGCUAUGACACAUUUGUUACAUGUAAGCAGAAUAUCCAAUCAGCUCAUUAUUGUAAGUGCAGAUGUUUUUCUUGGGUGUUGGUGUACAUGUAGACUGUACAGCAACAACUACCUAGAAGCAGGGUAACUACUUAUUUCAACUCCCCACAGCUGAAUGCCAAAUUUAGUUGCAAUCGCAUGAACCGUUUUGCUGUUUUUCAUCGUUUCCACCUUUUUUGUAAUUGGGCCUUCCAGGAGGAAUUUCAGGAUUUGUUCGGCAAAUGCGGGCGCCCCUGCAUUCAGCUUUACCUGAGCGGAUGUCUCGCAGACCUGCAGUAACUUAGCAAAUGCUAGACUGUGCAGUGAUGUGCCAAAGUCGAGUCCCUGCUUUUUUUUUUUUUUUUUUUUUUUGAAGUCCAAUCAGAAGAAUAUCUUGGCUGGGCCAAACUUAAGUGUGUGAGAGUGAAAACUAAAAUUGUACAUGUGUUUGUGGUCUCCCCAUUGAGAUCAGGAUUAAGAUUUCUGAGUUAUUUGUUUUGAGAAAUUCCCCAGUUAGCCCUCCACAUUUGGCCAAAUCUAAAUAUUUUAAGCAUUUACAAGCAAUUACCAAUGUGUCCUUUAUUGCAGCUUCCCUGUGGCUGGAUGUGCAAGUUACUGAAAGGGUUGGUGGUUCAGUAUUUUGUACGCCUGUGGAGGGAAAUUACAAAUGAGUCUGUCUGACUUUUUUGGGAGGGGGGGGUUGGACAACCGUGUCGAGCGCAAUGCAAGUACUGAAUCGCUUUGGAAAUAUGACAAGUGUAUGGAGUCUUGCCUGAUGUCCAAGUCAGUACCUGUGUGCGUCUGUGUAGGUGUGCUCUAUGUUCGAUGGUACUUCCUCAAUAGUGUUACGUGAAACUUUUGCAAUAGGAAACCUUUGGACAAAGGGCCUUCUGUGUGAGGUUGUUGCUUUUUAUAAAGUGAAGACUUAACAAGCUUUGAUAGGCUGGCUUUUUUUUUUUUUUUUUUUUUGUAUUGUAUAUAAACCUGUACAAGAUAUACUAUUGUGAAUUGCAAACCCCCCACCAUCUUCCACUAAAUUGAAAGCACAAAUAGUAUACCUUUAUUUCUAUGACAUAAAUGCCAAAUAUAUUUCCAGAACUCAUAACUACGAAGUACAAUGCAAACACUAUUGGGUAACUUUUUUCUCAUACUCAUACAUUUCCCUAAUGCACUUUCAUGUGGGUUUGUACACAUUGUAGCUCAAAUUGGGACAUACUUUGGUUCUGAGGUAAAGUGUUGGGUGUUACUAUUGAAAUUUAAACCACUACCUGUAGUCAGGAAAAGGCUCUUGAUUUUUACCAUAGGGAUGAUGUGUUACGUUGAUGGCUUUAAGUGCCCCCGUGAGGUCUGGAAAACCAUCAUCCUUGUCUGUUACCUAAUGUUUUUGCCACUCAAUGUGUUUUACAGCUUCCACGUGUCUGCCUGUGACUAUACAGUCAGGUUAUUCUGCCUCCCGCUUUCUGAAGACUUCACUAUCUUUCAAGUCAGGAGCCCAGACUUAACCUUAGCAUUAAGUAUUAACAAGGGCAGUUCUUUGAGGGGAAUUUGUCAUGCGGGUUAGCCUUUGAUGUACUAAAUGACAAAUGUAUUUCAAUGUGUGUAACCUCAAGAUUUUUUUUUUUUCCCCUUUGCCCGAAUUCCAGAGGUAGCAUGGGGGUGUUAAUCAAGGCUGGAUCAAUGAGCAGGCAUGCUCACUUUGCCACCAUAAUUUAGCACUGCAAGCACACACACACACACACACACACAACACAACAGUGUUAAUCCUUUUAUUGCUGGUCUAACUAAAGUUACAUCAUGCCAUCUCAUUGCUCCCGUUACUUGAAAUGCCACCCAGUGUCUUUGCACAAACCCUAUUUUAAAUGACAUGACAGUAUUUUUAAAUUUACCACUAAAAAAAGAAAUAUGGGUUACUUCUGCAUGUUUUACUAUAGAUGUAAAUAUGUUUUGGAUUUUUAUAUUGUUUUGUUUCUUUCCAUGCUCUCACAAGCAGUUGUGUUUAAUAAAAAUUUUUAAUCUUCUGUACAAA